GCCGUGAAGAGCCCCCGCGGCGGGCAUGGCUGGCAGCGCGGCGGCGGCGGCGGCGGGGCUGGCAGGCCGGCCAUGGCGAGGGGCGAGCGCGCCAAGGGCGGCUGCGGGCAGCGCUACGGGACGGCGGCCGGGCUGGCCGUGGGGGGCCUGCUGUGCCUGGGCUUCGGGCUGGUGCUGCUGCUGACCGUGCCCGGCCUCUUGCGGCAGCAGGUGAUGAAGAAUAUCCAAAUCGCUCCCGACGGUGCCAUGUACUCCCUUUGGAAAGACCUGCCUCUGCCCUUCUUCCUCUCUUUCUACUUCCUGGAGGUGACGAAUUCCAAGGAGGUCCUUCUAGGCGCCAAGCCGGUCCUGACCCAGCGGGGGCCGUAUGUCUACAGGGAAUACCGGCAUAAAAAGAACAUCACUUUUCAUAAUAAUGACACGGUCUCCUUUUUGGGGUAUCGGAGCUUCAACUUCCAACCGGACCGUUCCAAUGGAUCGGAAUCUGAUUACAUCGUGAUGCCGAAUGUCUUGGUUUUGGGAGCAGCGGUCAUCUUGGAAAAAAUGCCGUUUCCCCUGAGGUUCACCUUCAGCAGCGCUCUAGCCGUCUUCGGGCAAAACGCGUUCAUGAACCGAACGGUGGAGGAUAUUAUUUGGGGCUACCACGAACCCUUCAUACAGUUCUUGAGCAGCCUUGGGGUCACCGUAGGCCCGUUCAGUGAUAAAUUCGGCUUGUUAGCCAACCUAAACAAUUCCCACUCGGGUCUCUUCACGGUGUUUACAGGCGUGGGCGACAUCACCAAAGCUCACAUGGUGGACAGUUGGAAUGGAUUAAAAAAGGUAUCAUUCUGGCAUUCUGAUCAAUGUAACAUGAUCAAUGGAACCGCAGGAGAACAGUGGCCACCUUUCAUGACACCAUCUUCACCUGUGGAACUCUACACUCCUGAUGUCUGCAGGUCAAUUAAAUUAAAUUAUACCAUGUCUAGAAAAUUCAGAGGGAUACCAGUUUAUCAUUACACAGCUCCAAAGAAUCUGUUUGCCAAUGGGACCACCUAUCCACCCAAUGAGGGCUUCUGCCCGUGCCGGCAAUCCGGAAUCCAGAACAUUAGCUCCUGUCAAUCAAAUGCACCAGUGUUUAUUUCUCAACCUCAUUUCUUCAACGCUGAUCCAGCUUUACUGGACACGGUAGAAGGCUUACAUCCGAACAAAAAGGAUCACGACCUGUUUGUUGAUAUACAUCCGCUGACGGGGAUUCCCAUGAACUGUUCGGUCAAAAUGCAAAUGAAUCUGUUCAUCAAACACAUCCCUGGCAUCUGGCAAACUGGACAGAUUAAGCCCGUGGUUUUGCCCAUGAUUUGGUUUGCUGAGAGUGGGGAGCUUGUAGGAGAUAUUCUGGAUGACUUCUAUACCCAUCUGAUAAUCCUCCCUUUAUUGCUGGAAUACCUGAAAUACUGCCUGAUGGGCUUGGGGGGUCUUCUGCUCAUAGCAGCUGGCUCAUUUGGGCUCAGGACCAAGACGUUCAAUCUGUCACAACAGAAGGAUCGGUCAGCUGCCAUACAGAUCCCACCUGAAUCUGGCAUUAAUUAUGGGUAUCACGGGCCGUUGGAAAAAAGCUUUUUAUUUUGGCGUAGUAAUAAAAACUCAGCACCAAGAGAGGCGAUCCCUGCCUCCAGGAAAAAAGCCAGCUUGCAGUGGAUGGAGAUGAAAUAAUAGGCGGCGAUCGAAAAACAAAACAAAAAAAAUAAAACACAAAAGAGAAAGGCUGCCAAAAAGACUUUGCAAACGCCCAACCGUCUGGAAGCUUCGGAAACAAGCCCACUUCUGCAGGAGGACCCCAAACCCGGCUCACAAUAGCAGCCACGCCAGAUAAACCUCAAUUCCUCCUCAGGAAGGAUCUCAAGCAAUUAAACAGACGAUGGGGGGUGGAAAUGAAAGGGAGCAGAUGGCUCCAUUGGAAACAUAAGGACUGUGCCUACUCCAGGUUGUUUUUUCUCAUGCCAAGACUUGGAGAACCUGAAAAGCAACCUCUGAGUUGGAAGACUCCAAUGGAGCACCCUUGGAGAGGCAAGUAAAGCCUCCAAUCUUUUCUCCUCCUUUCUGGAUCUUUUCCAGCUUCUCGUCUCCAGAAAGUCUUUUGCGUUCCUUCUUAAAGGGGAUCUUCCAUUGUCAGUCUUACCAGGUAGACCAGACAGGUAACACAACCAGAUGAGUUAAUUCUGCUUUUUUUUUUUUGUAAGGCUACAUCAACAGAAUCUUGCAAACCGGGAAGCACAAUUCUCCCGCCCCGUCUCUUUUACACUCUGAGAAAUUUGGGAGGAUGCAGCUUCUGAGCAUCUCUCUCUCCACCCAUUCAGCUGUGGGCUAAGCAGUCUCUUAUCUGACCAUCCCCUUGGUCAGCGUCUCUGGGUCCUGCCACGUAAGGCCAUUCUCACAUUCCUUUCACCUGUGUGGCUAUUCACAUAGCUGUUGUGUCUGCAAAAGAUCUCUUAAAUGUAGUCUCUUUCCCAUUUUGACACAAGAGCUGCCCCAACGAUCGUUCAGUUCUGGCUCCGUGCACAGCACAUGAAGAUGAAAUGAAAUGAGAGCAAAUUUGUGGAUGCAGAUGAAUUGUUUCUGACUGGUUUAGGGCCUGGAAACAUAUCUAAAUUUUUUUGCCGACAGUCUAUCACUAUUUAGAAGCACCAGCACAAUAUCCAGCCAAACCAGCUGGAAACAGACAUUGGGGAAGGUGUGUGUGUGUGUGUGUGUGUGUGUGUGUGUGUGUGUGUGUGUCUUUGCACAAACAUGUUCGCUGUGAACUUUUGAAACCAACACGUGAAUCUCCUUCCAGGGAAGACUUUGGCACCCCCAAAGUUAAUUCUGCCUUUUCCAGCAACCACCUCCUCUUUAAAAGAAAAAAAAAAGAAGCAAAUAAUAUUAUUCACCUUUUUAAUAAACAUAAUAAAGACUAAUACAAACUAAACUAGGAAAAGAAAAGUUUGGAAGGUGCAGAAAAAGAAAAACGAGAGAAAGGCAACAAAGAGAAUAAUAAUAAUAAAAAAUCAGCUUCCACCUUCAUCACACUGACCACAAGCUAAUAUAGUAAUUUUUCAUCCUCUUUGAAAAUGGCAAAUAAAUUGACAACCUUUCUUUACUUA